AUGAAAAAUCUCCUUAAGAAACUCCAGUUUGGGUCCAAUCAGUCUGAGGAUACAGAAGGGUCUAUUUCAUCAUCAAAAGGGCAUAGGUUAAGUGAUGUUUCAUCCCCUGAGGGUUCUUCACGCUCCAGGUCCCCUCAGAAUUCUGAGAACAAACCCUUUUCAACUAUAUCUGGGUGGUUGAAUUCAGUUACACACAGAAAGAGCCCAAGUCCUCCUUCCUCUUCCAAUGUGCCUCGGGGAGAUAGAAUGGAACCAAGUGAUUCCGUGAGUAGUAGUGGAUUGGAUUCAGCUUUGGAUGCUUUGAGGCAUGAUUCAGAGUCCAGUAAUUCAAGGGAUCCUGAUAUUGAAGAAGAGUAUCAAAUACAAUUGGCUUUAGCGUUAAGUGCAAGGGAGGAUCCUGAGGCUGUUCAGAUUGAAGCUGUUAAAGAUAUCAGUUUAGGCUCUCUACCGCCUGACAAUACACCGGCAGAAGUUAUAGCUUAUAGAUAUUGGAAUUAUAAUGCUCUGAGCUAUGAUGACAAAAUCCUGGAUGGUUUUUAUGAUCUUUAUGGCAUCCUUUCGGAGUCUACUUCCUCAAAAAUGCCCUCUCUCAUCGAGCUUCAAGGAACACCUGUUUCUGACAAUAUUACUUGGGAGGCUGUAUAUGUGAGUAAAGCUGCUGAUACGAAGUUGCUGAAACUUGAACAAAAAGCCUUAGAAAUGGCUGUAAAGUCAAGGUUGGAAUCUGUUGAUAUUGUAAGCCGUGAACUGGUUACAAAACUUGCCCUCUUGGUUUCUAAUUACAUGGGGGGCCCUGUUGAAGAUCAGGAGAAGAUAUUGAUAGCCUGGAGAAGUCUUAGUUAUAAGUUGAAGGCAACUCUAGGAAGCAUGGUUUUGCCCCUUGCUUCUUUGACCAUUGGAUUGGCCCGUCAUCGUGCUUUGUUGUUUAAGGUUUUGGCAGAUAGCGUAGGCAUCCCUUGUCGGUUGGUGAAAGGACACCAAUAUACUGGUACCCAUGAUGCAGCAAUCAACUUUGUAAAAGUUGAUGAUGGAAGGGAAUAUAUUGUUGAUUUAAUGGCGGAUCCAGGAACACUUAUUCCUUCUGACAUAGCCGGAGGAAACACAGAAUAUGAAGAACCUUUUCUAUCAUGCAAUAAUUUGUCUGAAGAUGCCAGUUCACCUCACUUUGUGUCCUCUCAUAUAUUGCCACCUAGUUUAAUUGAAAGUCAGUCUGAAAUUGGACCACCUAAUCAAAAUUCCUCAGUUGAAGAAGGUAGUGCUGCAUUGAUUGAAUACAGAAGGGAUGAUAAAUAUAUUGGUUCUAAGAAUUUGUUUCCUCAAGUUAAAGUUGAUGAAGCCCCCAAGCAUACUGAAUCUUUGAUUAGGCCUUAUGGUGUAAAGAAGAUGACACCAGAAGUUCCUGGAAGGGGUCCUACUUAUUCUCAUGCAAGGUCUCCUUCUUGGACUGAAGGCAUAAGCUCACCUGCAGUGCAGAGAAUGAAAGUGAAGGAUGUAUCACAAUACAUGAUUGACGCGGCCAAAGAAAAUCCACAGUUAGCUCAGAAGCUUCAUGAUGUCUUACUAGAGAGUGGUGUUGUAGCUCCUCCAAACUUGUUUACUGAAAUGUGCUCACAGCAGUUUAAUGCUGUUCGACUAGAUUCAAAGCCCCCCGCCGGAAAUGAGGAUUUUAGUGAAAAGCAUGAUAUGAAGAAGAUAGCAGUUCUAGAUAAUAAUAAUCAAGCUCGCUUCCUGCCACCUCUGCCUUAUCAUGGUUUGCGCUCCAAAGGCAGUCCUAGUGAACCACUAGAGCCACAGGUUGAAGUCAGAGAAGUCACAGGAGAACAUGUCCCAUUGCAGCCUGAAAAUGUUCCCAUGAGAUACCAGAAAAAAGUUCCGGUUGCCGCCGCCGCCGCAGCUGCUGCUGUUGUUGCAUCUUCAAUGGUAGUUGCUGCAUCAAAGACUGGAACUGAAGCUAAACUUGACCUCCCCGUAACUGCUGCUGCCACUGCAACAGCUGCUGCUGUAGUUGCAACAACUGCAGCCGCGGCUGUGACUAAGCAGUAUGAGAACUUGGAGAUUGGUACUUAUUCACCUGAUGGUCUCGGUGCUUUAUAUCUCCCAUUUGAAUACGCAAAAAGUGAUGGAGGUGGAGAUUCUGAUUCACACGAGCAACGGGGAAGUGGUAGUGGAGAGCAAGAGACACUCGGAGGAAACACCGAGGGUGAGAGGUCAUCAGAUAGGUCUACAGGCAACGAUAGUUCAAAAUCAGAUGCAGUACUUGAUGAUGUAGCUGAUUGUGAAAUUCAAUGGGAAGAAAUGGUCUUGGGUGAGCGUAUUGGACUAGGAUCUUAUGGAGAAGUUUAUCGUGCGGACUGGCAUGGAACAGAGGUUGCUGUGAAGAAGUUCCUGGACCAAGACUUAGCAGGUGAAUCCCUCGAAGAAUUCAAAAGCGAGAUUCGGAUCAUGAAAAGACUUAGGCAUCCCAAUGUUGUUCUUUUUAUGGGAGCUGUCACUCGUCCUCCAAAUCUCUCCAUUGUCACUGAAUUUCUUCCUAGAGGUAGCUUGUACAGAUUGCUACAUCGUCCCAAUAACCAGUUAGAUGAGCGCAGAAGGUUGAGGAUGGCUCUUGAUGCUGCUAGGGGGAUGAAUUAUCUGCACAAUUGCUCACCUGUAAUUGUCCAUCGUGAUUUAAAGUCCCCAAAUCUUCUUGUUGACAAGAAUUGGGUUGUGAAGGUAUGUGAUUUUGGGUUAUCAAGAAUGAAGAAUAGCACCUUUCUUUCUUCCAGAUCAACAGCUGGAACGGCAGAGUGGAUGGCUCCAGAAGUGCUGAGAAACGAGCCGUCAGAUGAAAAAUGUGAUGUCUACAGCUAUGGUGUUAUUCUGUGGGAGUUGUGUACAUUGCAACAACCAUGGGGAGGGAUGAAUCCAAUGCAAGUUGUUGGUGCCGUUGGAUUUCAGCACCGUCGUCUUGACAUACCACAGGAUCUCGACCCAGCGAUAGCAGACAUCAUUCUCAGAUGCUGGCAAACCGAUCCAAAAUUGCGGCCUUCAUUUGCUGAAAUUAUGGCUCUACUAAAACCGCUACAAAAGCCUGUCACUGGGUCACAGGUACCCAGACCUGGUGUUUCAGUAAACCGAAUUCAGGAUAAGGGGCAGGCAUCGCGAUUUGUAGAACACGCGCCGGGAGAAAAUAGCUAA